AUGUCUGAGAAAAGUAGCCCUAUAAAAUACUUUUUAAGUGGCGGCUUUGGUGGAGUUUGCACAGUUUUAGCCGGACAUCCAAUGGAUACUAUUAAAGUAAGAUUACAAACUAUGCCUCUACCGCAACCAGGCCAGAAGGCCUUGUACGCUGGCACCAUUGAUUGUUUCCAAAAAACUGUCCAGAGAGAGGGAUUCAAAGGUCUUUACAAGGGUAUGUCAGCACCAUUAACUGGAGUGGCACCAAUUUUUGCAAUCAGUUUUUUUGGUUUUGGACUAGGGAAAAAACUGCUAAAGUCGGAUGAGGAACAAAUACUUACUAGAACAGAGCUGUUUGCGGCUGGUGCUUUCUCAGGUAUAUUUACAACAUCUAUCAUGGCUCCAGGUGAGAGAAUUAAAUGCUUACUUCAAAUUCAACAAGGUGGCAGUGGACCACAAAAGUACAGUGGUAUGCUGGACUGUGCCAGGCAGUUAUAUGCAGAGGGUGGUAUCAGAAGUAUUUAUAAGGGUAGUGUUGCCACCAUUUUGAGAGAUGUGCCUGCAAGUGGAAUGUAUUUUAUGACCUAUGAAGGGGUUAAAGAGGUUUUAGUACCUGAGGAUGCUAGUGCUAAAUUAAAAAUGUUGGCAACAGUUGUUGCUGGGGGUUGUGCUGGUAUAGCUAACUGGCUGGUAGGCAUGCCAGCUGAUGUUUUGAAGAGCAGAUUACAGACUGCCCCAGAGGGGACUUACCCUAAUGGUAUGCGAGAUGUGUUCAAACAGUUAAUGGAAAAAGAAGGACCUACAGCUUUAUAUAAAGGCGUAGCUCCAGUAAUGAUCAGAGCUUUCCCAGCAAAUGCUGCUUGCUUUGUUGGAUUUGAAUUGGCUGUCAAAUUCCUUGACUGGGUAGCCCCUAAUCUUUGA